GUGCAGUCCUCACGGAGGGGCAGGGCGGCCACAAGGUGGGCAGCAGCUGGGACGGGCAUUUUGAGGCAUUGGAUGGGGCUGUGGGGCUGGACAUUGUGAGUCACUAGCCUGACCUGGCUGUUUCCUGGUAACCAGGUGACAUAGGCAGCACAGUUAGAAUUUCAUGGAAGGCUGAGGCAGGAGUGGAGAGGCGUGGAGAGGCCCCAUGGGGAAUAUACUGACCUCUUGUGUCAGCUCCAUCUGUGGCUGGCGCAGGCAGAAGGUGGCACCCUGUGUUGAAUCUGAUACUUAUGAGGCUGUGGCUGCUGCAACAUCAGAAUCCACUAAUGUAGAGCCUGGCAAGCUGGAUGUGGGAGCCACGGAGGGCCAAGAUCUGCAGCACAUCAGCAACCAAAAGAUGCCCACAGGUCCCCCUGAGGACCGCCUGAGUUUAAAAUUUCUACCACCAAGUGAGGAAGACAAUGAUGAUGCCAAGAUUUUACCAUCACCUGUCCAGGGUUCUGCUGAGGACAACCUGAGUCUAGUAUGCCCACUGCCAAGUGAGGAUCGUGAUGGUGAUCAUGAUGAGGUCCAAAUUUUACCAUCACUUGUCCGGGGUGGCUGUUACCAGUUUGAUAGCAGUUCUUGUUCUUCUGUGGACAACCUGAGUUUAGUAUGCCUACCACCAAGCGAAGAUGAUGAUUUGGAUGAUGACGAUGAUGAAGAUGAUGCCCAGAUUUUACCAUCACGUGUCCAGCUAGAGAUGGGGUCUGAAGAUGUCCUGUUUGUAAGAUGCUCACCAGGAUGCAAAGAUGAUGAUGAAGAUGAUGCCCACAUAACAGCUCAGAAAGAAAGCGACCUGACGCUGGAGAAUCUAAGUGACGAGGAGAUUCAUCCAGAGUGAAGCACUUCUGUGGAGCUGACCAGGGUGCUGGCCCAAAGGACAGGCCAGCGUGUGCUGCAGGAUGCCCAGCUUUGCCCCUGGAGGUCUCAGUCAUCUCUACAUUCUGAGGAAACCCUUGACUCCAGCAGAGAGCAAAAGUCCAAGGCCACCUCCCACCCACCCCCAGCACUGGGUUUGCCCUGUACCAUCCAGGACCCGGUGCUUCUGGGCCUGGCAUUUCGCCUUUGGCAGGAGAGUUAGAAGAGACGUGACCGUGCUCCACGAACAGAAAGUGCCAUUCCAACUUGAAUAAAGAGACUGAGCGCAUUUA